AUGGCGUGGUACUCGAUCCUCCCAUCCCACCUGACGACCUACGAAACAUGGAUCAUUCGCGCCUUUCUCAUCCUCGCCAUCCUGAACAUAAUCCCCUGGAUCCUCGCCAUCGUCUACGACGUCCUCUACUACGUCUGUCGCCAGAUCUGGCACGAGGUGCCUUUUAUCGGAGGCCGAGCGCAAGGCGCGCAGCGGCCGAGGGCGCCCAGUCUUCGCGAUCGGGCGAGGAGGAUGAGCUUCAAGGACAUUUUGACGGCUGGGGGUGGAAUUGGGGCCACAGGCGCAGGUGAGGCGGGCGAGAGGAGGGUUCAGCAGGGCCAGGGCCAAAGCCAGGGCCAUCGGAGGGAUUUGAGUAGGGAGAGUAUAUCCGAGGAGAAGGAGGAGGGGGAAGGGGAUGGCUACGAGAUAAGGUGA